CCCUGCGAAGCUUCCUCAAGAUCCUGCCCAAUUCAGACUUCUCUGCAAUUUCAAAUUUAACAUUCCCGCCAUACCAUGAGUUCCGAGGCUACCGUGACAGCGACCAGGGGUGGCAGAGGCAAACCUAAGGCCAAAUCCGUAUCCAAGUCCCAGAAAGCUGGCCUUCAGUUUCCCGUUGGACGCAUCGCCCGUUAUCUCAAAGUUGGUCGCUAUGCCCGGCGCGUAGGGUCUGGGUCCCCUGUUUACCUCUCCGCUGUUCUUGAGUAUCUCGCUGCUGAGGUUUUGGAAUUGGCUGGGAAUGCGGCCCGGGAUAACAAGAAGACCAGGAUCAUCCCUAGGCACAUUCAACUUGCUGUGAGGAACGAUGAAGAACUAAGCAAACUGCUGGGGGCUGUGACCAUUGUAAGUGGGGGCGUGCUGCCGCAAAUCCAUCCCACUUUAUUACCCAAGAAGAAUCUAAAAGAUAAGCCUGAAGUUGGCUCUGCGAGUCAGGAGUUUUAGACCGCAUCCAGACCUUAGCAAUAUAUCUAUGAAAAGUUUAAAGUAAAUUAUCUUUUGUUUCGUUCUCCUGUACUGAUAAGUAGGAUGGAAUGGCAUUAGAAUUCAGCUCUGUAAAUCCAUAUUUCCUUAAAUGAAAGGAGUUUAAUUUGUUUUGUCAA